CGAGACUGAGACAGCAAGAAGAAAGAAGAAUCCCUCUUUGUCUUGCAGCUGCUUCUUAUUUGGUCUGCAGAGAGAAACAUCUCCAACAUCUGGAAAACAAUGGAGAACAUGAAUGCAUCAUCUGAGGUCCGUAAGCCCAGUCCAGCUGAGCUCAAGCAGAAGGACAGCAGACAGUUUAAGAGCAAAGCUCCCAAACCUGGACAGAAAAGCUUUGACAGCGCUCUGCCGGGGCUGGAGGGGCUGGACGAUGCUGCAGUGAUCUGCCCCUGGGAGGAGUUUGGUGACGUAGAGCUGAGUGAUCUGGCUCAGUUUGGAACCGCCUAGAUCCCAGUCAGAGCUGGAAAAGCAUCCAGGAGGAGAGGAAGGCGCUCUAGGCUGCAGGAGUCGAUUCACUGACCAGACGCAGCAGUUGAGCGAUUGUUUGUUUUUUAUUCAUUUUUAUUUAUUUUUCAGCCAAACUGCAAGUUCAGAAACCCAUCUCACUCAAUCAUGUGAUCGAAAGAUUUGAUUUCAAUUGAUGACAUUGAAUUUUACCAGAUUGUGUUGAAAUUACUUUACUUCACCCAUGAUUAUCGUGUUAUAAUAAUAAUGGAUCCAAAGCUUUGCAAAUGUCUGUGUAAACAUGCUAAUUUGUGCAAUAAAUCAUUUUUUUCAGUCUA